AUGACUGAGCCGUGUUCAACCGGAAUCGGCGGCGACAUGUUCAUCCUCUUUUACGACGCCACCACCGGCAAUGUCUCAGCCAUGAACGGCUCGGGCCGCUCGGCCAAAAAUGCCACCCUCGAGACCAUCCGCAAGGAUCUCGGCAUCAAGGAAGGCGCCUCGGGGAAGAUCCCCAUGAAGAGCGUCCACGCCGUCACCGUCCCCGGCGCCGCCGCCGGCUGGAUUGACACCAUCGCGCGCUUCGGCAGCGGCAAGGUCUCCGUCGAGCAGGUCCUCGCCCCGGCGAUUGAGCUCGGCGAAAAGGGAUUCCCAGUUUCGGAGCUGACGAGUCACUACUGGAACACAGCAGAGCCCCAGAUCAGAGAGGCAUCGCCCAACUUCCACGAAAUGCUGAAGAAGGAUCCCAAAGCGCCAGACGGCGUCAGAGCACCUUACCCCGGGGAGAUCAUGAAGAACCCCACCCUGGCGCAGACCUUCCGCGCCCUCGCCAAGGAGGGCAAGAAGGGCUUCUACACGGGCCGCGUCGCCGAGGAGCUCGUCAAGGUCGUCAAAGAUCUUGGAGGCCACCUCGACCUUGAAGAUCUGGCAUAUCAUCUCGAGCAGGGCAGCGAGCCCGUUGAGCCCAUCUCGCUCAAGUUCAAGCCCGCCCUCAAGAGCCAAACCAACGGCCACAGCAAGGCAACCAACGGCCACAGCAACGAUGGCGCCGUCGAGGUCUGGGAACACCCUCCCAAUGGCCAGGGCAUCGUCGCGCUCAUGGCCCUCGGCAUUAUCCAGGAGCUCCAGGCCUCGGGCGUGGUUCCUGCCUGGUCCGCCGAGGACCACAACACGGCGCCCUACCUCCACGUCAUCAUCGAGGCCCUCCGCCUCGGCUUCACCGACGCGAGCUGGUACGUCACGGACCCCAACGUCGUCUCGGUGCCGUCGGCCAGCCUUAUCUCGCGCGAGUACUCCGCAGCCCGCGCCAAGCUCUUCGACCCGAACAGGGCCAUGCAGAAGCUGCACGUCGGCGAGCCGCCCAAGCACGUCUCGCCGGCGCUCCAGAGCAGCGACACCGUCUACUUCAGCGUCUCCGAUGAGCACGGCAACGCAGCCUCAUUCAUCAACAGCAACUACGGCGGGUUUGGCACCUGCAUCAUCCCUAACGGCUGCGGCUUCACGCUGCAGAACCGCGGCGCCAACUUUAGUCUCGACGCGGAUCACCCUAACAAGCUGGAGCCGAGGAAGAGGCCUUACCACACCAUCAUCCCGGGUAUGGUGACGAACCAGUCUGACGGGUCGCUGCACAGUGCCUUUGGUGUCAUGGGCGGAUUUAUGCAGCCCCAGGGACAUGUGCAGGUGCUUCUCGGCCAGUUGAUUGCGGGUCUCACGCCACAGCAGACACUCGACGCACCACGUGUGUGCAUUGUCGCUGGGCUGCCGGACAGAGAUGCAGACUUUGACUGGACCGUGAGCGUCGAGGAGGGCAUGCCUGAGGAGACGGUAGAAGGUCUGCGUAAGCUGGGACACAAGGUCGAGGUCGUCAGAGGAAUGGAAAGGGGGAUGUUCGGCCGCGGUCAGAUCAUCAGAUACAGUGUCGACCCUGUCGAGGGAACCGGCGUGUGGUCUGCAGGAAGUGACCUGCGCGGUGAUGGAGCUGCGUACCCGGCGUUGUAG